AUGUCUGACCUUAAAGCGUCCGUCUCAGAGACCACCUCAAGUACCGGCCAUGUCGGAUUCCAUGUGGAAGGCUAUGAGAAGAUUGAAUAUGACUUCACUUUCAUUGAUGGUGUAUUCAACAUCGACAAUCCAAAUCUUGCCGACUGCUACAGCCAUUGGAAGAGAUGUUUAGCCGUCACCGACUUGAACAUUUACAAUGUCUAUGGAAAGCAGAUGGAAAGUUACUUUGAGCACUAUGGCAUCGAACUAGUAUUCCAUAAGACAAAGAUCGGAGAAAAGGCCAAAACCAUUCCCACCUUUUUGAGUAUCGUGGAUUCCAUGACCGAAUUCGGAAUCUAUCGCAAAGAGCCAGUUCUUGUUGUAGGAGGAGGUCUUGUCACCGAUGUUGCUGGAUUUGCCUGCGCAGCAUAUAGACGAAACACCAACUUUAUUCGUGUUCCAACCACUGUCAUUGGACUGAUUGAUGCAUCAGUAUCAAUCAAGGUUGCCGUGAACUACGGUAAUUACAAGAACCGACUAGGCGCCUAUCAUGCUCCCAUUCAUACAUUCCUUGAUUUCACAUUCCUACGAACACUUCCUACUGCGCAGAUUCGCAAUGGCUUUGCCGAAUUGAUCAAAAUUUCAUCAUGCUCUCACCUCCCCACUUACGAUUUACUUGACAAAUACUGCGAGCAGCUCAUCGAGAAAUCUUUCGGUCGAGCCGAUGGCUCUUCCAAGGAAUUGAUUGAUGCCGCGGACAAAAUCAACAGAGAAGGUAUUCAUGAAAUGUUGAAGUUGGAAACACCAAAUCUUCAUGAGAUUGGUUUGGAUCGUGUCAUCGCCUAUGGGCAUACAUGGUCCCCUCUUCACGAACUUGUUCCAGAUACACCACUCCGACAUGGCCAUGCAAUCUCCAUUGAUAUGGCUUAUUCGGCAACUCUGGCCAAUCAACGAAAGCUAUUGAGUGACGAAGAGCACCACCGGAUCUUGAAUUUGUUCUCCCGUGCCGGCCUUUCAAUGGAUCAUCAUCAAUUUGAUGAGGAGAUUCUUGCCAAGGCUACUGCCGCCAUUCUCAAGACGCGAGAUGGUAAACUGAGAGCCGCGGUACCAAAUCCUCUUGGAUCUUGCACCUUCCUAAACGAUGUUACAGCCGAGGAGAUGAACGAGGCUUUACGCCGUCACAAACAGUUGAUGAAGGAGUAUCCAAGAAACGGAGAAGGAAUCGAGGCAUACGUCGACGCUUCUGAUACUGGUUACACGGAAAAUGCGAAAAUGGAAGAAGAAAGAAUAAUUGCAAUGGCCGCGAAGAAGGCCGGCCAGCUUAAUGGCACUAAUGGACACGUGGAGACAAAGAUGAAUGGACAUGUGGAGGCAAAGACGAAUUGCCAUGCUGCUUCCACAAACGGAAAGGUAAAUGGUCUCGUCAAUGGACACGGUAUUGGGGCCUUGAGCAAUGGUACCACGGGCAAUUACUCUUGA